GUGAGGGCGGGGAACCCGCGGGCUGGAGACCGCUCAAGAGCCGGGGAGUAGACCGCCUCGCUCGGGCUCGGAACACUAGCCUGGCCUCCAGGAACGUCCCUGCUGCUGUGGGCCAGGGCCCGGCCUCCCUCCACGCCCGGCCUUCCGGGCUGCCUAGCCGGCUGGGCCGGAAGGGAGCGGUGCACCUGCCACGGGGUUCUCGAACCCUGGACCCCAGGCGCGGGAACCAGGUCUUGUCAUCUACCGUGAGGUGGAGUACCGACGACUUGAAUUCACCAGCCCCCAGGUUUGGCCUUGGAGGGCAAAGCCCCUGAUGAACCUGUGAGGACGUCCUGAUGUGAGGGUGGCGUCUGGAAAAUGAUCCACAGUCUAUUUCUCAUCAACUGCUCUGGCGACAUAUUUCUAGAAAAACACUGGAAGAGCGUGGUAAGCCAGUCUGUAUGUGACUAUUUCUUUGAAGCUCAGGAGAAAGCUGCUGAUGUUGAAAAUGUCCCACCUGUCAUUCCAACACCUCACCACUACCUCAUUAGUAUCUACCGGGAUAAGCUCUUCUUUGUGUCUGUCAUACAGACAGAAGUGCCACCUCUCUUUGUAAUUGAGUUUCUGCAUCGAGUUGCUGACACUUUUCAGGACUACUUUGGUGAGUGUUCAGAGGCUGCAAUUAAGGAUAAUGUGGUCAUAGUGUAUGAGCUCUUGGAAGAAAUGCUAGACAACGGAUUCCCACUGGCUACUGAAUCUAACAUUUUGAAAGAACUGAUUAAACCACCAACAAUUCUACGUUCUGUCGUCAAUUCUAUUACAGGUAGUAGUAAUGUUGGGGACACACUCCCCACUGGGCAGCUAUCCAAUAUCCCAUGGCGUCGAGCAGGAGUGAAGUACACAAACAAUGAGGCCUAUUUUGAUGUAGUUGAAGAAAUAGAUGCAAUUAUAGAUAAAUCAGGAUCUACAGUCUUUGCGGAAAUUCAAGGAGUCAUUGAUGCUUGCAUUAAGCUCUCUGGAAUGCCUGAUCUCUCUCUCUCUUUCAUGAACCCAAGGCUUCUAGAUGAUGUCAGCUUCCACCCGUGCAUCCGGUUCAAACGUUGGGAAUCUGAAAGAGUUUUGUCAUUUAUUCCUCCAGAUGGGAAUUUCCGACUCAUAUCAUACCGUGUCAGCUCACAGAAUCUAGUGGCAAUACCAGUGUAUGUGAAACACAGUAUCAGCUUUAAGGAAAACAGUUCGUGUGGCAGAUUUGAUAUAACAAUUGGACCGAAACAGAAUAUGGGAAAACCCAUUGAAGGGAUCACAGUGACUGUGCACAUGCCAAAAGUUGUGCUGAAUAUGAACCUGACACCAACACAAGGCAGCUAUACGUUUGAUCCAGUAACCAAGGUACUAGCAUGGGAUGUGGGGAAAAUUACUCCACAGAAGCUCCCAAGUCUUAAAGGGCUAGUAAAUUUACAGUCAGGAGCACCCAAGCCAGAGGAGAAUCCAAGCCUCAACAUACAGUUCAAGAUUCAGCAGCUUGCUAUUUCAGGUUUAAAGGUGAACCGCUUGGACAUGUAUGGGGAGAAAUACAAGCCAUUUAAAGGAGUCAAAUAUGUCACAAAAGCUGGGAAGUUUCAAGUGAGGACAUGAGAAGAGGCCAGAAUUCUUCAACAUGUUUGUUUUUCAAGUGUCAUUACAGUUUAUUACUAUUAGGUACCAAGUGGGUGGGAAUACACAUAAAGCAUUUGUGUCAGGCUACACUGCUAACAAAGUUGCUUAGUAUCAAUGUAGGGUUCUUAAGGAGCUUUAAGCUAAGGAAAGUUUUCAAAAGACUUAGCUUAUUUUCUAUCUUUUCACUUGGGAAAAGAUUUAGAUGAUUUCUUCCAAGGGGGCUACCAGCUGAAUGCUGCACAUUGUAACAGUAAAGGCAGAAGGCUACAGCCAGCGAUAGCCUCUCUCCAAAAGCCAGUGACCUGGUCUCAUCCACCAGCAGGAACCGUCUCAGCAGCCAUCUCAAUCAGUGUCUGUCCCACGAGAGGAGACCCACCCAGGAAGUUUACAGAGAACUGCCUCUUCAAGUGUCUGCCUUACUCAGCUUUCACCCGUGCCAUUAAGCAAGCGCUGUAGCAAAGCCGCUUCCACACGGCCCGGCAGGGAGCGCCACUGCUCCCCGCUCCAUUCUCACUGACUUGGUAUUCUAUUUUUUAUAAAUAAGAUUUUUAUGUAAAGCUCAGAUUUUGAUUUACAAAGACCUUGCUGCAGUAGAUAUACCAUCAGCCAUCAGUUCAGCUGCUAGAUAGCACAGUCAAAAUCAUUUGCAUCAAAGGGGCACAUACUUUAUUAAGAUAAUAAAAGGGAACACUACUUCUGCUUUUAGGAAGUUAAUGCAGGCACAAGUGUUUGUGCUUUUCAAGUAAAGCAGUAAAAGAAAAUUAAGCAAAA